AUGGCUUCUCCUGCCGAGUCCACGCCUCCGCCAGGCGCUCCGAAAACCGCCCAUCCCAUCAUCCGCAACGCUCUGCGCGUAUCCCUAUCCGCAUCGGAAUACAAAUCACUGCAUGAGAAGGUCAUAAGCCGGCUACCUCCUGCUGUCCAGAAUCGAACCUUGGACCCUACCUCCUUCAGAGAAAUAGUUAAAUCCCAGAACAAAUACAAUGAGGCCGCUAUCCGCGCCUCACUGCGCGUCAUCCUGGUCACCGGGGCGGGCAUGAAACUCUUUGCGUAUAUAUCACAAAAGCUAGCAGAGAGAAAGGCUCCAAACGCCGCCAAACCUCCAAAAGUUCCCUUCCGCCAUUCUCCCGCAUUUCGACUUUCAGCUGCUCUAUCCUUAACUCUCCUCUUACACCGUCUUUUGCGCCGAUUUUUUCUCAGAUUGCGCGCAAACCUGCGGACGGACGAUGCACGUCCAUUUCGUGAGCGUAACCCUCGAAUUUCUCGCGCCUUGACAUCGAAAUAUGCGCCCGCGAUUGGUUCUAGUUUAGCGGGGUUUGCCCUGGGUGCUUUCCCGCAGAGCCAACUUCGUCUCACACUGGCAAUUUACAUGUCAACCCGGAGCUUGGAAUUUUUGUUUAAUGAACUAGACGCCCAAGGAUGGUUCAAAGACCGGCCGUGGUGGUUUGGGAGCUGGCUGUUGAUGCCAGUUUCCUUUGCCCAAUUGUUCCAUGCAUUCAUAUUUGAUCGGGAUGCCGAGCCGAAGUGGUUCGGUGACUUUAUACUUAAAUUUACCCCUGGUCACACCCACCCUCGACCAGGUAGCUACCCAGUGGACCGCCAUUGGCCAGACCAAUAUGAGGCUGUAGACGCGCUAGCUAAAAUCUCUGAGUUGAGAUGGCCCGUCUUUACCUCCCCAAUCCUCCACCCCUCAAACCCCAAAACCCUCCCAGACUCGCUCCAAUCCAUAUCCGUCAUAACCUCCCCCGCGCAUCCCUCCAUUGGUUCUCUCUCCUGUGCCCUCCUCCACCCCAAAUCCCCCUCCUGCGUGACCGCCUCUCUCCAUCAAUACCUUCUUUCAAUCCCCCUCCUCGCCCGCUUCCUCACAAAGGUAUACCUAGCCCUCUCCCUCCUGAAAUUCAAAGCCUUCCUCACCAGCCCGAUCCUCGCCAUAAACGGCCUCUGCACCAAAAUCCUCUCUAGGACCGCCAUCAUCUCCACCUCCCUGGGAGCCGCCUGGGGUAGUGUGUGUCUAUUCAAUUCCUUCCUGCCCCGCUCACUGUUGCCCACACAGCGCUUCUACCUCAGUGGUGCCCUGGGUGGAUUACCAUUUGCCUUGGCGGGCCAGGGUAAUCGGUCCCUGUUCCUCUAUUUCUUCCGUCUAGCGGUUGACUCUGCCUGGAAGGUUGGGAAGAAGCGCGGGGUAUGGCGCGGCUGGAAGGGAGGGGAUCUAUUCGUGUUUGUUGCGUCGUGGGCACUUAUUGGGGCAUUGUUGGAAAAGAACCCCAGUGCGGUUGAUGGGGCGGGUUUGAGGAAGGCUUUUGCAUGGUUAAGGGGAGAUGGGUUUGUGGACCUUGUUGAGACCGCCGGUACUACGAAAAAGGUGAAGAAGGCUGCUGCUGCUGCUUCGGAGUAA